AUGUUACCAUCUCAAUGGAUCACAAAGGUAACAUAUAACGUCCUUAGUUUUGGAGCCAAAGCCAAUGGCCGCUUAGACUCAAGAAGUGCGUUCCUAAAAGCAUGGGGUUUGGCCUGUAAUUCAACAAAUCCCGCCAUCAUCUAUGUACCCAUUGGCAGGUACUUGAUUGGUUCUGCAAUCACAUUCUCCGGCCAAGCAUGUAAGAGCAAAGCCAUCACAAUGAAGAUAGAUGGUACUUUGGUGGCUCCCUCAACGUAUAAUGCAAUAGGCAACGCCCAAGUUUGGAUUAAGUUUUACCGGACUAACCAUGUUACCAUCUCCGGUGGAACCCUUGAUGCCCAAGGUUCUUCUCUAUGGGCCUGCAAAUCCUCUGGAAAGACAUGUCCUAAAGGAGCUACGACACUUGGCAUCUACCAUUCCCAAAACAUAGUAAUCAGUAAUUUAAGGUCAUUAAACAGCCAAAUGUUCCACAUCCUGCUAUAUGCAUGCACCAAUGCCAAGCUACAAGGGGUGAGUAUCUCAGCACCCGGGCUCAGCCCUAACACAGAUGGUAUCCAUUUAUCAUCUUCCACAGGCGUUACCAUCUUGAAUUCUAAGAUCUCUACAGGGGACGACUGCAUCUCCAUUGGCCCCGGCAAUUCUAAUGUCUGGAUAGAGAAGGUGGUGUGUGGACCCGGUCAUGGCAUCAGCAUCGGGAGUCUAGGUUGGGACGUUAUCGAAGCGGGUGUUCAGAAUGUUACUGUAAAAACUGCAACAUUUAUAGGUAGUGACAACGGUUUAAGGAUAAAGACAUGGGCAAGACUUAGUAAUGGAUUCGUGAAGGAUGUUGUUUUCCAGCAUGCAAGUAUGGUGAACGUAAAAAAUCCGAUACUAAUAGAUGCAAAUUACUGCCCAAACAAUGAGAAUUGCCCCAAUCAGGUUUCAGGAGUAAAGAUCAGCAACGUGCUGUAUGAGGAUGUACAUGGAACAUCAGCAACACGGGUGGCAGUGAAAUUUGAUUGUAGAAAGGGGAAGCCAUGCACUAAUAUCAGACUAAAGGAUGUUAACCUCAAAUAUGGGGGUCAACCAGCAGUCUCCUCUUGCUCCUAUGCUGCUGGUACUGCUUCUGGAUUACUUCAACCUACAAGUUGUCUCUAA